AUGUCUACUCCCGCCGUGGAGGCCAGGUCCCUGUCAUCGAUCACCGCACUUGCUUCCAAUCCGCCCGCAUACCCACGUAAUCCCACGCAUGUGAGGAAUGAUCCGCUUGUACUCUAUAUCGCACGUGUUCCCGGCAGCAAAGAUGUGUUCCUCUCGCCUAUGAAACCUAGACAAAAGGUGGUCACUGUGGAAGACAUUACGAGUUCGCUGUACUACUUGCAUGUCGAGCAGCCAGAAGAUGCAAACCUCGUUGCACCUCCUGAGUUCCAAGUGCCUGACUACCGGAACCCGCAACCGUUGGGUUUGGAUCCUCCUUCGUCAACAGUCCCACGGAAGGCCGUCCCUGGCGCAACCGGUGUCCCUCAACGGAAACCUGUGCUUGGUACUCUUGCGCCCAUCGAGAACUACGGAAGUCGACAGAAUUUGAGCGCGGGCAACUAUCCUCGACAACCGGGCAUGCUGGCUCCACAUCUGGAUCCGAGACAGUCCUUCGAAGGCUCACGAUAUCAAGCAGAAAACCUGCGCCCCGCAUUCACUUCCAAUCGAUCUCCUGAAAGAUCUCAUCCAAUGGGCACAUCACUCACUCUCAUCCGACGAGACCCUGCUUCUGGCGCUCAGUGGAAUGUCGCAAGGAUUGAAGACCCCCCUAUUGCUGAAAUAUCAUCAUCAACUCUCAACGAAUCAGCGGUCAAAAAGAAGAUAGGGGCACCCAUGUACAUUGACGUGACAAACCCGGGUUACUCAAAGUUCUUGCAAUCAGAGAAUGCUGACAGGCCACCGUUACCAAGCCGUCCCAGUGACGUGUUUGCUCGACCUAAUCAGAUAGCGACCCAAUCACACGCACAAGUAUCUGAAGCAGCAACCGAUAGCUCGAAUACAUUCCGACGGCGCCUCUGGAUGGAGGGGUCGCAGUAUACUAGCGGCGGCUUUGGGCACCGGAAGAACAAUUCACAUGACUUCAACAACUCGGGGCGUCCAGAUUCAAGAGGAGGCAGCUAUGAUGCACCGAGAGACGGUUACUCGUUUGAGAAUAGGCCUGCGGGAUCACCUUCAUUUCCAACUCGUGCCGACCAAACCUAUAGCACCAUACAAAUAUCAGAUAAAUCAACGAGCUUCCGUGGCUAUGUUUUCACCAGUCCAUGGAAUGGUCGGUGCGAAUUCACUACUAGUGCCGGUGGUGGUACCUUGAAGUGUCGGCACAUUAUUCCUGGUCUACAAGGAGCACCCGCAGCCAUGCCCGUCAGUGAACUUCGAUUCAAUCUGCCAAGUAGAUCCAUGCCCGUCACUCCCAGAGGGGAGGAGUCGUCAAAGAGGUCAUCCUUCUUCCAUCGUGGUCGGCACAGUCGCAACAAUUCGUCGUUGUCCGUCAAUCGGGACGAAGUGGAAGAUGCUAGGAGGUCUAUGGAUCGCCUGGACCUAUCUUUGGGGCAAGAGUUCGCAGGUGGAGGAUUUGGCGGGAAGCAGGCGAAAUUGGGGAAGAUAAUCAUAGAGGAUGAAGGCUUGAAGAUGAUGGACCUCUUGGUUGCCGCAAAUCUAGCAUUGUGGUGGAGGGCAUAUGAGAAGGCCGGUGCGCCAUCUCGAGGUGACCGCGGAAGCUUCUAG